GCCCCUCACUGCUGACUUGCUUCCCUGGUAGGAGAAUAUCAUGAAAUCCAACAUUGAUAAGAAGUUUUCGGCCCAUUAUGAUGCCGUGGAGGCAGAACUCAAGUCCAGUACUGUGGGUCUGGUGACCCUGAACGACAUGAAGGCCAAGCAGGAGGCACUGGUGAAGGAGCGGGAGAAGCAGCUGGCCAAGAAGGAGCAGUCAAAGGAGCUUCAGCUGAAGCUGGAGAAGCUGCGAGAGAAGGAGCGCAAGAAGGAGGCAAAACGGAAGAUCUCCAGCCUGUCCUUCACCCUGGAGGAGGAGGAGGAGGGGGCCGAGGAGGAGGAGGAGGCUGCUUUGUACGAGGAGGAGCUGGACAGGGAAGAGGUGGUUACGAAGAAGAGGAAGCUGGGGAAGAACCCGGAUGUGGACACCAGCUUCCUGCCUGACCGAGACCGUGAGGAGGAGGAGAACCGGCUGCGGGAAGAGCUGCGGCAGGAGUGGGAAGCCAAGCAAGAGAAGAUCAAGAGUGAGGAGAUCGAAAUCACCUUCAGCUACUGGGAUGGCUCUGGGCACCGGCGGACAGUCAAGAUGAAGAAAGGCAACACCAUGCAGCAGUUCCUGCAGAAGGCACUGGAGAUUCUGCGUAAAGACUUCAGCGAGCUGAGGUCAGCUGGUGUGGAGCAGCUGAUGUACAUCAAGGAGGACCUCAUUAUCCCACACCAUCACAGCUUCUAUGACUUCAUUGUCACCAAGGCCAGAGGGAAGAGUGGGCCGCUCUUUAAUUUUGAUGUUCACGAUGACGUGCGGCUGCUGAGCGAUGCCACUGUGGAGAAGGACGAGUCGCACGCAGGCAAGGUGGUUCUGCGGAGCUGGUACGAGAAGAACAAGCACAUUUUCCCGGCCAGCCGCUGGGAGCCCUAUGACCCUGAGAAGAAGUGGGACAAAUACACGAUCCGGUGAACACCCGCGGGAGACGGUGAGGCCUGGCCUUUUCUGGCGCCCUCCUUCCCCGAAGUCCGUUGGGGCUGCUUUGUUAUUGACAAUAAAAAGUGCCCCUUUCAGAGCUGGGGCUUGUGUUGUAAACAA